CGAGGAAUCCAGAGUGUGGCAGAAGACUCUGGAGUGAAGCUAAGGGGGUCGGUUUAUGGAUCCAGUGAGCCGUCCAGGUGCCCCCAAAGGUUUCUGAAAAUGGACGGACCUGUGAGGUCAAGACCGGCCUCCCUCAGUGACUUUCAGUUCGGAGCUGUCGCCACAGAGACCAUCGAAGACGCUCUGCUCCACCUGGUGCAGCAGAAUGAGCAAGCCAUGCAGGAGGCUGCAGGCCGGAUGGGCAGCUUCAGGGAGACCCGGAUCGUGGAGUUUGUUUUUCUCCUGUCUGAACAAUGGUGUCUGGAGAAAUCUGUGAGCUACCAGGCUGUAGAAAUCCUGGAAAGGUUUAUGAUUAAGCAGGCAGAGAAUAUGUACAGGCAAGCCACGAUCCAGCUGAGAGAGAAGAAAGAGCCUCAGAAUUGGAAAGCUCUGAAAGAGCAGCUUUUCAACAAGUUUAUCUUGCGUCUUGUGUCAUGUGUUCAACUGGCAAGCAAACUUUCCUUCCACUACAAAAUUAUCAGCAACAUUACAGUCCUGAAUUUCCUCCAGUCUCUGGGGUAUGUACACACUAAAGAAGAACUGCUGGAGUCAGAACUUGAUGUUUUGAAGUCCCUGAACUUCCAAAUCAAUCUGCCUACUCCCCUGGCAUAUGUGGAAAUGCUUCUGGAGGUUUUAGGAUACAAUGGCUGUUUGGUCCCAGCCACACGGCUGCAUGCAACCUGCCUGACUCUGCUCGACCUUGUCUAUCUCCUGCGUGAACCCAUAUAUGAGAGCCUUCUGAGGGCUUCAAUUGAAAACCCCAUCCCCAGUCAGCUGCAAGGGGAAAAGUUUGUUUCAGUGAAGGAAGACUUCAUGCUGUUGGCAGUAGGAAUCAUCGCAGCGAGUGCUUUCAUCCAAAACCAUGAGUGCUGGAGCCAGGUUGUGGGGCAUUUGCAGAGCAUCACUGGCAUUGCACUGGAAAGCAUUGCUGAGUUCUCUUACGCAAUCCUGACUCACAGCGUGGGAGCUAACACUCCGAGGCGACAGCAGCCUGUUCUUCCCCACCUGGAGGCCAGAGCUCUGAGGGCUGCUGCCUCCUCCAACACAUGAGGCACGCUCAACCCACGAAGUAUAAACAGCCUUCUGUCAUGGCGCUCAUCCCUUUUGUUUACUCUCAGACUCAGGGUACAAAUGUUCCAAGUAUCUUUUGAACUGUUUUGUAUUCCAACUUCACGCUCCUUUUUCUGCAUCCGAGAAAGUUGACAAGCAUGUCUUUUUUGCCGAAUCAGACUAAAAAUGUCAAGGAGCUGGGAGGAGGCAUUUUAGUGAAGUUAGUUCAUUUUUGUUUAACAAGACAUUUAUAGCUUUUCCUUAACUGUUCAUUUCAUUGAGAGAGAACACCAGACAUGGAAAUUAAUAUUAACCAGGGGCUUGAAAACUGGGACUGUUCGGGUGACCUUGACUGACCAUCAAGGAGGCAGCCUUUAUUUCCCCUUAAAGUUAGUUUAACAUCUCUGUUCUGUCAUUGAGAUGUACACAAAUAGGGCUUCCUGUACAGCUGACGAUUU